UCAUUUUUAAAAAUAGUAUCAAGGAUUGCACCAUAAGAAGCCGUGCCGGUGUAAGAAACGACAGUGAUACGAAUGUAGGCAAGGAAGAAGAACGCAGAAACACAAGCCAGUCCCGGCCAAGCCCGGCGCCGUCAGAAAGGAAAGAGUGACGAAGAAACCGACUCUACCCACUGAGCUCGCACGAAGCCAAGGGAGAGACCGAGGGAAGGUAGACACUUGGAACAUUAAAUCCAAGAUCGAAAAGUUACGACAAAUCGUAACAAUUCACUCUCACGGGGACCCAAUAAUACGGCAGAAUUUAGCAAAAUGUUUGAACAAACGAUUGGCAUCAACAUCGCCGAGCAUGGCUGCUUCGUCCCAAGAAGCGUCGACGAGCUCGUCGACAUGUUGGACAUCGGGGCUGGACUUGCUGGACACACUGGACAUGAGUCUAUUUUCGGACUCGUUUCAGAUGUCGCCACCCCCGAUUUCCAACAAUUCUCUACAUUUGGCACUGAAUCCAAGUGGCCUAUUUGACAACGAGCUGGCUGGAAUCAAACCUGAUCCAGCUGCCACGACCUUUGACCUGAACACUGAUUUUGUUGAUGAAGUGGGGGGUGAACCUAGUUUGGAUAAAAUGGGUGGAGACAUCAUGGACGUCCUCACUUCCUUCUCUGAUGAUGUCGAUGACGAGUACCUCAACAGCUUCAUGGACCUCACAGGAUUCCUCCAGCUGGAGGAUUCCAACUUGGGUAAACCAGAGGUUUCAUUGAAACCGGAGCCUGAAGUAAUUGAUGAGCCUGAGCCUGAAGUAAUUGAUGAGCCUGUCAAGACAAAAUCUCAGAAGCGCAAGCAUGGUGAUGUACUAUCUGAUGAGAUGGGGUCAUUUUCAGCCAGCAUAGAUCAUGACUACGUCUCUAAGAAAUCUCGUACAUCGUCUGCUACUGAGGACGAUGAUGUCUUUGAAGAACCUAAGGCGAAGGUUGCCCCCGUUCAAAAAUAUCGGGAGAGGAGAGUAAAGAAUAACAUCGCGUCUAGGAGAUCCCGAGAAAUUCGUAAACAGAAGUAUGCGAAUAUGGAAGGGGAGGCUGAACGACUGAUCGUCGAUAACGCCAAGCUCCGUGAACGCAUUGAAGAAAUGGAACAGAUGGCAAAAGAGAUGAAAGCUACUCUGAUCAGCAAAUUGGCAGGAAAGUAAAUUUCCUUUGCGGCUGUAAAGGAACUGACAAUUUACUGAAAAGACUGGCAUUUAGUAAUCUCCCAGUCAUCGUGACAAUGAGAACUUUCUUUGUAUGUUAAGAUUUGUUUUACUUAGGCUUUUUGUAUACAUGAUUUGCAUACUCUCAUUGUCACAAUUAUGAUAUGUAUUCUAUAUUAUUAACAAUAAAUUUGUACAGUAAAAUGUACAAAAAAAUAUUAAAAUAUAAAAUACAAAAAAAAUGGAUCACAAAUCUGACAGCAUAUAUAUGUUUUUGUUUGUCGAUUUGAAUGUCAUCUUAUCAAUUCAUUUUUAUUAUGUUUUUAUUGAAAAUAUUUUGUAUUAUGCGUCAUAAACAGUGAAAACUGUUUUUGAUUUUGAUUAACCUCAGGAGCAAGUGUUUUUUAAUUAUCAUCAGAUGUCCGGGGUUAUGCGUCUUACGAGCAAGUCUAUGAUAUAUAUUAUACGUGUGCUCACAGAGGUGUAGCACUGCCCUCCCAUGUCCAUAUGUUUAAACCAUGGCGAGGGCAAACUUGUUAAUUUUGUUUCCAUUUAUUUAUUUUCCAUUUUAAGUUAAAAACUACAUAGUCAUUUCAUUUCGGUAAAAAAACAUUCGUUCAUAAAGACAAAGCUAUCAAGUUGCAAUAAUUUAUUUUUUAAUGAAAUUUUAUUGAAAGGGUAUUUUUAAUUGUUAGGUAUUUAAAUGGUUCAGUGCCCAGAUAUUUUUUGUCUGAUUUAAUUAUCUAAAUAUAUUUGGAAAGGUAUGGGUUGUGUAUAUUAGUUGUAAAUUUUACAAGAAAUCAUAACGUUAAGAAAAUGUCUUAAAGUUUUUUAAGGAAUGUUAUCAAACAACGCAGUAAUAGUGCUAAUAUUAUUAGCGGUACCCAACUGAAGUGUAUUUUUGUCGAGAUAAAUGGCACAACUUACUGUUAUUUUUUUCUUAUCUAUGCAGAUGUUUUAAAGUAGUAAUCAAUGUCAGUCAGGAAAUCUGUUUUAUUGGUGAAUUCUGUGGUAUGAUUUUUUUUUUGAAUUUAGAUUGAAUCCAUGAAAUCUUGUACAGUGAAACCUUGAUAUAAUGCCACCUUUUUAAUAUAGAUUGCAUAUUUCAAUAUUCCUUUCUUUAUAAUUUCUUGGUACAUAUCCAUCAUUUUAGUACCGACCUCGAUUAAGAACAAAAUUCUGGACAAACAAUCGCGUUAUAACAAGGUUUUACAGUAUCCAAAUUCUUUAAGUUAUCCUAGAUAAAAUGACUGACAUUGUUUAUUGCAUGAACAAACGUCUUGGGUGUGAAUGUGUGAGAGAGGACGAAGACUUGUAAGGACUAAGAUGGACCUUUCAUUAACGUUUAUUUUGUACUGGGUGGGAAAAUGAUAUUUAGCCUUUUAAACUUAAGAUCAAGAAAUCUUGAUGUAGAAAUUACCCCGAAAAUUUCAGUUCGAUGUAGAAUAUUAAAAAAAAAAUCAGAUUAUUUUAUUGACUUGGAAAUAUUAAAUUGGGGAUUUGUUUGAUAUAGAAUGGGAGGGGGGAAUGGGAAGGAGUUCAUAUGGGGAGGGUUGGAUAAUAAUGAUGAGAAUAAUUUACAAUAAGCUUGCGAGGACUGAGAAUUUUGACAUUAACAUAUAACCAGGUUUCUUUCUACACAUGGAGAGUAUGCGGACAUUUUCAUCACCAAAAACAAUCAACAUGUACAUGUACACAAAAAUAUCAUCAUUUAUCAUGGGAACUAGUCAAUUGCAUUUACUUUGUACAGAAACCUGGUUAUUGAGUGUUGUACAUAAACAGUUGUUUACAUUUGCCAUGCCUUAUUUUCCACGAUAUGCCACCAUUUUUUCAAACAUUAUUUUUACACUUGCUGUUCAUAAACUUUUUACAAUAUCAUGUUAGCAAAAUUAAAUGGGAAAUUGUAAGAUUUGUUUUGUAAGUAAACUUUAAAAUUAAUGGGUGACAUUGAAUAUAGAUAAAUAUGAAUGUGUAGACAUGUUUUUUAUGUUUAGACGAUGGACAAAACGAUAAAGUGUUGUGACAGUAGACGUAUGGCUUCAUGCAAAAUAAAUUAAGUAUCGGCUGUAAAAAUUAUGGAGAAAGUGAGUGUGCUCAGAAUUUUAUGUACAUUUAAGGUCAAUAUGGCAAUUUAUUAAAAGUUUUUGUGAUGUGAAAAAAUAGGAGUACGAGAAUUUGGAAUGUAUAGAAUGUAUUCAAAUCGUGAAAUAGAUUUGAGCGAAGACAAUUUAAUACUCGUCAAUGUUCUCUGCUUUUAUAAAUUUUCGGAAAAAAUUGAUAGCUGUACACUUGUGAAAAUCUUUCUGAACCAGAGGGCAAGCUGUAGGAUUAAAAUUGUUACCAAACUUUGUUGAAGUUGAUACAGGUGAAGAAGAAGAAAAAGAAGAAAAAAUAAAUAAAUAAAAAAGAUAAAAAGAA